AUGACUUUUCAGGUCGGCUUUAUUGUGCUGUUGUCAGUCACAUUAAUUGGCGCUUUCCCGCGCAACGCAUUUCAGAGGGAAUUUCACCGACACGUGGCGAAAGAUUUAGAAUCUUCCGGGAACGGACCAGACGAACCUGUUCGGGGAUCUGUCAGAAUUGUCAAACUAAACCCUCAUUUUCUGCGCCGGGCCGCCGUUAGUCAUAUGCCGUCCAGAAAUUUACCAAGUCGAGGCGCGUUUCCCGCGUUCUUGGCCCUCGGACGUCCGGGCCCCGCAAUCCUGACCCACAGCAAGCCUGCGCCUCAGGUGAGCAGCAGUGCAGACAAGAGGAAACAAGGGCUCGAGAUGUGGAAGAAAGUGAUGCACAAAAGCGAGCGAAGCAAGGAGGCCGUGGCUCUGCGCAUCAACCCCAAAGACUUGAACAAACAGAGCUGUGCCGCAGUUCCCUUCACACAGCGCUUAACGGAGGAGGGCUGUGAGACGGUGACCGUUCACAAUAAUCUCUGCUACGGUCAGUGCAGCUCCAUGUUCGUGCCCUCCAGCGGAGGGUCUCACGGACAGCAGAAAGCACAGUGCACGCGCUGCGGCCCCUCCAGAGCGCGCUCCGUGCUCGUACACCUGCGCUGCGGGUCCGAGGUGCGGGAGAGGCGCGUCCUGAUCGUUGAGGAAUGCAAGUGUGAAACCAGCAGCGAAGAGGCCAAAGUUCAGAACACGGAAAUGUUUAAUUUAUAA